AGUGAAAGCAAUAAAUACUUACAAAACAUUGAAUGCCAUAUUCAAUGCAUGUGUUGCGCAAUACAACUAACAUAACAGUGAGUAGUGUUUGAGUCGAGUGUCACAGUAUUGAGCCAUUGAUUUCUAUAUAUUUGAUGAGUCAGUGAGUGAGUGAGUGAAUGAGUGUAAGACUACCAUACGGUUAUGUAUACGAUAUACGAUCUAUACGUAUAGUAAACUGUAGUAUAGUAUGUGUUAUGUGUUAUAGCAUUGGUUCAGCAAAUGUCUGGUUGUUUGUUGUCAUCAAUCGAUGUGAUUGACAAACCAUACGACUACAAGACCACACAUAUGGCACCCGGAGGUCACUGUGACCAUCACUGACCACAUACGACAACACCAAUACUUAUUGUCAACACUGUGUUUGUCUGCAUCAGUGCUCACCAUUUGGUUCAGCCAUUAGUCUUAAGUUAAUUGUGCGGACAAUCUGAAGGCAACCAAACAUUUUAAUGAUUUAACUGAAGUGACCAUCGAGUGUAUCGCCGACGACAACAAUGGCCGCAAAUCCUCGCAAAUUCAGCGAAAAGAUCGCUCUUCACAACCAAAAACAGGCAGAAGAGACGGCCGCCUUUGAACAGAUCAUGAGGGAAGUGAUUGGAGCCACAAGAGGACCGACUUAUCCCAAGAGUCCGCAACAUUUGCAUAUAUCUUCAUCGAUGGUUUGUAGGGCCGGAUCUUUGCCUAAUGUUAACCAAAUUGGACAAAGUGUUAAUAAAUCGGCAAUAGAUUUGCAAUCAGCUCUUAAUAACUUAGAGGACAUAAAGCACGGAAGGGAUGACCGCAUGGGUCGUCGAAAUUUGGACCAAAAGCGUGUAACGAUGUCUCCAAAUUCGGCCACUUAUUUGAGUCCACCGCCCGACACAAGUUGGAGACGAACUAACUCAGACUCAGCCCUACACCAGAGUGCACUCAUGUCGACGAAUCAACAAUUGGAGGCCUUCCAGAACUCAAUUUCCAGAAGAAGUACAUUUCAUGAUAUGGACAACACCUCGAUGUCUAUCGACGAUUCAGGAGUCAUAAAUUCAUGGGAUCCGGGAAAAGACAGGUAUGACAAGUACGCACUCAACGCUCCACUGCCUGAUCACUCGCGACCCAAGUCUUGCGAAGUGCCCGGUAUUAUGAUAUGUCCGACUCAAGAGGACUACAAUUUUGUUAACAAUCAUAUGCCACAUAUUCCCAUUUCUUCAAAUACGGGAUCUUUACCUGACUUAACAAGUCUUCAUUUUCCUGCGCCACUCUCGACGCCAAUAGAUGUUGACGACCAAAACGCCAACAUUCAGCCCAACUCUCCCUAUCAGAGCGGCCCUGACUCGCCUUAUUCUCCUCAUUCACCGCACAGUAAUGCAAACCUAUCUCCCUCACCCCCGAUGGCGAUUCAUCAAAUUAACAAUAAUAUGUUGUAUCAAUCGCGCACCGGUGGAGGCGUUAGCUCUAUAAGCGAAGCCAUAAAUAUAAAUAACUCGAAUCAUCGACAGAUGAGUACAUCUCCCGGGCCAUCGCCAUCUCCAACAUCAUCACGUCGUCGACAUCAUCACAAUAUUAAUAACUUAGUGAUCGGUAAUCCCAGGCAUCAACACCAUACAAAUGGUCUGCACUCGCAAACAGUAGGUUAUCCUCACAGUCCACCGCGGAUUACUGUAGAGGGUUUGACUUUGGAUACAAGUGCUCUAACACUUAAUGGUAAUUCACAAAAUUAUGUGACUUCCUCCGGAGGACCAUCAAUGGGCUAUUCUCCAUCAGAGCAUUACCAGAGUUUGCAUCAUCAGAGCCAAAAUUAUGUGCCAUCAGUGCCACCACAAGCACAGCCAAAACCACAGACACCUUUGUCUUUAAGACAAACUAACUCUCCAUUGCAGCAUAUGACAAUGGGAUUACAUAGAAGUACGACUCCUUCAGACCAUUCAUGCAGUGCACCGGCAUCUCCAGUCUCCCAUAACAUCUCUCCUAUAAGCUCUCCUGGUUUACCAAACAAUAAUCUAAGCAAAAGUCCUUUUACUGAUAACUCAUACUUUAAUGUACAACAAACGAGUGUUUUGCAGCAACAAUUGGAACAGUUUCGUAUGGUUAACGAUAAAAUCAAUGAUUCUGCUGAUCAUUACUUAAUGAUGCCCAACAACGGAACAGUUCACUCAUCAAGCAGUAGUGCCAGUUCUAGCACUGGUGUUCUUUAUAUGAGUGCCAGUGCCAUACCAUCAUCUCCUCGCGGAACUAUGACUGACACAAACGCUACGUUAAAUGAGUAUUCACCACAACAUACGCCACACUCUCCUCAAUCAUUGGUCAAUAAUUGUGCAAAUAGUCAUCAAAGCUACAGCCAAUCGAGUAAUAUAUACUACACCUCAUCGAGUUCGGUACCAUUGAAUCAAUCGCCUACUCUGGCCUAUUCCAAGUCCGUGAUCUCAUCAGUCAAUCAAUACCAGCAAUCGAGUGCUUCAAAUCAGCCACAAACGCCACAAACACCUACCAGUAUUCCUGAUAUUAUUCUCACCGGACCCAAUAUUGAAGACCCAUUGCUUAGAGGAACAGACUUUGCUAAAGAUAUUGGAACAGCGAUGGCCGGUAUGUCGGGCUCUUUCGAUUCGGAUUUAUUUCCUUCAGCAGAAGAGGCCAUAAGAGCUGGUUUGGAUCCAAUCGACUUCGACGGCUUGCAAAUACUGCCCGAUAUUGACUCCAGCAAUGAGGAGACGUUUCGUUUAGAGCGCUCUUAGCUAUACUUCAAUAGCUUUGGUUUGAAUUAAUUUUGUUAUUUGUUUUCAUAUAUUUUUCAAUUACGUUAGUUAUCUUAUUAGACAUUUUUUGCAUUUUUUAUUAUAAUGCAAAUAUUACUUUUAUUUGUAGUUUUUAUU